CCGAUCUAACCACCUCCCACAUGUGAGCCCCCGUCGUUAGCACCACGCGCAGCGUGUAGAGGAGAGAGAAACCGGUCGGAAAGCAACGUCAUUCAUCGGACCACCGACUUGACGUAGCGCAGCAGACAGAGAGCGGAGCGGAGCCGCGUUGUCCGAGGCAGGUGCUGAAGCGAUCACAGCAGAAAGAUGGCGGACGACCCCAGCGCGGCGGAUAGGAACGUGGAGAUAUGGAAAAUCAAGAAGCUGAUCAAAAGUUUAGAAGCUGCCCGUGGUAAUGGCACCAGCAUGAUCUCUCUGAUCAUCCCUCCAAAGGACCAGAUAUCAAGAGUGGCCAAGAUGUUGGCUGAUGAGUUUGGCACUGCUUCCAACAUUAAGAGUCGCGUCAACAGGCUCUCUGUUCUCGGGGCCAUCACCUCUGUACAGCAAAGACUAAAACUCUACAACAAGGUGCCACCCAAUGGCUUGGUUGUGUAUUGUGGCACAAUUGUGACAGAGGAAGGCAAGGAGAAGAAAGUCAAUAUUGACUUUGAGCCUUUUAAACCAAUCAACACCUCCCUGUACCUCUGUGACAACAAGUUCCACACCGAGGCAUUGACAGCCCUGCUGUCUGAUGACAGUAAGUUUGGCUUUAUUGUGAUCGACGGUAGUGGGGCACUCUUUGGCACACUGCAGGGCAACACCAGGGAGGUGCUGCACAAGUUCACUGUGGACCUACCCAAGAAGCACGGCAGAGGAGGACAGUCUGCUCUGCGUUUUGCUCGACUGAGAAUGGAGAAGAGACACAACUAUGUGAGAAAAGUAGCUGAGACAGCUGUCCAGCUCUUUGUGUCCAAUGACAAAGUUAAUGUGGCAGGAAUGGUCUUGGCUGGCUCUGCUGAUUUCAAGACUGAACUCAGCCAGUCUGACAUGUUUGAUCCAAGGUUACAGGCAAAGGUUCUGAAGCUAGUGGACAUCUCCUAUGGAGGAGAGAAUGGUUUCAACCAGGCUAUUGAGCUUUCAGCAGAGGUCCUGUCGAAUGUGAAGUUCAUCCAAGAAAAGAAGCUCAUAGGGCGGUACUUUGAUGAGAUCAGUCAGGAUACAGGGAAAUACUGCUUUGGUGUAGAGGAUACACUGAAAGCCCUUGAAAUGGGAGCUGUGGAGAUUCUCAUAGUCUAUGAGAACUUAGACACCAUGCGUUAUGUUCUUCGUGUGCAUGGGGCAGAGAGCAAUGGAGCAGAGAAUGAUGAGAAGACUUUGUACCUAACGCCAGAGCAGGAGAAAGACAAGUCUCACUUCACGGACAAGGAGACGGGGCAGGAACAUGAGCUGAUCGAGAGCAUGCCACUACUGGAGUGGUUUGCGAACAACUACAAGAAAUUUGGAGCCACGUUGGAGAUAGUAACAGACAAGAGUCAGGAGGGGUCCCAGUUUGUCAAGGGCUUUGGAGGCAUUGGGGGUAUCUUGCGGUACAGGGUGGAUUUCCAGGGCAUGGAGUACCAAGGAGAGGACGAUGAGUUCUUUGAUUUGGAUGACUACUAGGUAGUCUUGGACUGAUAUUGGGAGAAAAAAAUGAAUGAAGAAAUAAGGAAAUGAAAAUGCCACCUCUCUUGCAGCAAGCGAGAGGUGCAACUGUGUUGACCUAUAUAUAUGACAGACACACCUUCCAGUUCACCUGUUGCAUACACAAACUUGCACAUACUUACACAACAAAAUGCAUCACACAGGCCGAAGAGGAGUGAGAUUUUCUUUCAUCCAGAGAGGGAGAAAGCCCUUCCUGAAUAAAUCCCUGCCUUAGAGUGCUGGUUCCUUCCCCUAGUUGGAUUGGACUUGACUCAUUUUUGUUCUUUUUUUUUUUUUUUUUUUUUUUUUUUUCUUCCUCCCCUCGAUUUUGAAUGAACACAACAGCAAGUUCCCAGAUUCCUCGUUGCCGCUGUCCCCGGUCCUAAGAUGAACUUUGGAUUCACUCCUGACAUACAGAAAAUAUAUUUUCCUUUAAUGCAUCGUCAUGUCCCUAUCCCCUCUCCCUUCCUUCUAUGCUUUCUCUCUCUCUUUUUUUUUUUCUUUUUUGCAUUUCAUUUUUUUACUGGUAACUGCUGCUGUUGUAUUUUAUGAGAGUGGGGGAUUUUUUUUACCUGGGUUUCUGUAGAGAAAGGGGGACAAAGUAUUAAAUUUCAACUGCUGAAAACCAUUGCUACCUCCUCAUCUGCUGUGGUCUCACUCCUGUGCCAUCUCAUUUACUUAAAAGGCUGACCUUUUCCUGACAACAAAAUUGAUAUGUUUUGUGAGUGACGCGUGCAUGACUUUUAGACAGUUUAGUCAUCUUAUUCAAUCGUCAGACUUGCCACAUAAUGUUGAAAUUUUCUACAUUUUAAAUUUCAAAAGGCGGUAAAAUCACAUCUUUAAUACAGCUAUUCAUUAUAAAUCUUGGCCUUUACAUGCAGUCAUCUCUUUAAAUGAACUUCCCUUAAAUGAAAUAUCCCGUGUACACAUUGGAUUGCAUUUGUACAUUUAUCUGACCACUUUUAUAAAUCUAAAUUAAUUAAAAAUCUCAAUUUGU